AUGACUCCCCUGCUCGACCAGACCACCCACUCCACCAGACACCCUUCCAACCCAGACCACCCCUCCAACCAGACACCCCCCUCCAUACAGACACCCCUCCAACCAGAACACCCCUCCCAACACAAACACCCCUCCAACCCAAGCACACCCCUCCAACCAGGACCCCACCAACAGCAACCAACCCCUCCAACCAGACACCCCUCUCAACACGAGCACGACACCCCUACCAACCAGACACCCCUCCAACCAGACACCCCUCCAACCAGACACCCCUCCAAACCAGACACCCCUCAACAGACGACCCUCCAACCAGACACCCUCCAACCCAGACACCCCCUCCAACCAGACACCCCUAACCCAACCAGGAACGACCCCCCUACCACACAGACACCUCCAUCCAACAGGACACCCCUCACAACCAGACACCCCGUCCCAACGAGACACCCUCAACCAGACACCCCUACCAACCACACCAACCCCUCCCAAACCGGAACAAACCACCCUCCCAAACACACACGACACCCCUCACAACCAAGACACCACAGACCACAGCCGUCAAACCCACGAACACCCACUCUCCCAACCAGACACCCCUCAGCAACCAGACACCCCCUCCAACAGACACCCGUCCAUCCAGACAUCUCUCUCCAACCACAUAACACACCGCGUUUCCCAACCAGUAUCACCCUCUCCAUACAAGAACUUCCUCCAUCGCACAACCAGAACUCACAUACCAACAUGUACAGCGCACCUCCAACCAGACACCCUCCCAACCAGCACCACCACCCUCAACAGACACCCCUCCAAACCAGCACCCAUCGUUUCAUAUCUGGACACCCCUCCAAUCCUCUAGAACACGCCCCUAGCCCAACCAUCACUCAUCCUAACCACGACACUCUCUCCAACAGCAGACACCCACUGGGCCUUGGCUAG